GCGACGAGCGCCGUGGGUUGCGAUGGCGAUGAUGAGCAUGGCGACGACGGCCAGCAACCGUCUCCUCCUCGCUCUGACCCUCUCCAUCGUCGUCGUUGGGGCGGCUGCCGCAGCCCCACCAGCGGCGGCAGCCCCGCCGUCGGCGUUCCGGAGGGUGUACGCGUUCGGGGACUCGUUCACGGACACGGGGAACACGCGGUCGACGACGGGGCCAUACUCAUUCGGCUACGUGUCCAGCCCGCCCUACGGCGCCACCUUCUUCCACCGCUCCACCAACCGCUACUCCGACGGCCGCCUCGUCGUCGACUUCCUCGCCGAGGCGCUCAACCUCCCCUCCUUCCUCCCGCCGUACCUCUCCCUCUCCAACGCCUCGGCGGCGGCGGCGGACGGCGGCGGCGGCGUCAACUUCGCGGUGGCCGGGUCCACGGCCAUCGAGCACGACUUCUUCGCCAGGAACAACCUCAGCCUCGACAUCACGCCGCAGUCCAUCAUGACGCAGCUCGCCUGGUUCGACGACCACCUCCGGAAAGCCAACGAGAGCAGCAAGGUCGUCGGCGACGCGCUCUUCUGGGUGGGCGAGAUCGGCGCCAACGACUACGCCUACACCGUCAUCGCCCGCGACACCAUCCCGACCAAGCUCGUCCGCACCAUGGCCGUCCAGAGGAUCACCACCUUCGUCGAGGGGUUGCUGGAGCGAGGCGCCAAGUACGUGAUGGUGCAGGGUCUGCCGCUGACGGGGUGCCUGACGCUGGCCAUGACGCUGGCGCGCCCCGACGACCGCGACAACGUCAGCUGCGUCGCCUCCGUCAACCGGCAGAGCUACGCGCACAACCGCCGCCUCCUGGCGGCACUCCACCAGCUCCGCCGGAGGCACCCGGACGCCGUCAUCGCCUACGCCGACUACUACGCCGCCCACCUCGCCGUCAUGCGCAGCCCCGCCGCGUACGGUUUCACGGAGCCCUUCCGGGCCUGCUGCGGCUCGGGCGGCGGCGACUACAACUUCGACCUCUUCGCCACCUGCGGCUCGCCGGCGGUCAACACGGCCUGCGCGCAGCCGGCGAGGUACGUCAACUGGGACGGCGUCCACAUGACGGAGGCUAUGUACAAGGUCGUCGCCGGCAUGUUCUUCCACGCCGGCGACGCCUACUGCCGCCCGGCCUUCAGCGAUCUCCUCGCCAGGAAGGCCCAGGGCAAGCCGUGAUCAGUGUAGACGCUUGCUAGAUGCUACCACUAUAGCUAGGGUCAGCAGACCAAUUGCAAUUCAGUUGUGAGAAAAUGCAUGCCAUCUUGAUUGGAACCCUUAAUUGCCAUUUCUAUUGAAUCUAUGAACUGAAAGUAUUUCUAAUAA